AUGGAACACUCUAGAAAAUGCAUGUCUAUCGAAGCUAUUGUUGAUCACAAUACCACUUCAGAAUUACCAUUAUCACCACCCGAUUCAUUCAAGAGCAGAUCACCCACACUAUCACCCAACAUGGAGUACAUGACAUGCUCUUCUCCCACCACAUCAGAAAGAAGAAACAGCUUCCAAUUGCCAAUGUCUGUUGAAGAAAGAAGAUACCGAAACAAGCUUGCCUCUGCCAAAUACCGCGCCAAGAAGCAAGCCAGUAUGAAAUCAAUGACAAACAAAGUAUCUCAAUUGAUGGCAAGCAACUCCUCCCUUCAAAGAGAAUUAAGCAAAGUCAAGCAAGAAAACGAAGUGUUGCGUGCCAUGCUGAUGAGCCAACAACCGCAAAACAGUGCUUCCUCUGUCGCCCCACCACCUCAAUCGCAAUCGCAUCUCCAAACAUCCGCAUUCUAUUAA